CUCCAUAAACGUUCAGACUUGUUACCAACUAAAGUUUCAUUUACAAUUGCCGGUGCAUAAUGCCGCGUGUUUUUCAAUAACAAUUUUAACUUAUUCUUAAAAACCAUAAAUAAUAAUUUAUGUACACAUCUAAUAAAUGUAUUACAUUUCAAAAUAUUUCUCCAAUUUGUGAUAUUAAAUAAUAUUGAAUAAUAAAAAAAAACAAAGAAUUAAAAAUGGAAGAUGUUUUACAAAAUAUUGGAAUGACCUUUCCCGGUUUUAAAAGUAUAUAUAAGACGUUAAGUCGCAAGAAACCUAUAGAAGACUCAAGCGAAUCUAAAUUGGCAAAAGUUUUGUCGGCCUUUGAUUUGACGACUCUGGGCAUUGGAUCCACACUGGGUGUAGGUGUGUAUGUGUUGGCUGGACAAGUGUCAAAAAUAUAUGCUGGUCCUGCUGUGAUUUUCAGUUUUCUUAUUGCUGCAAUUGCCUCAAUUUUUGCCGGUUUAUGUUAUGCUGAGUUUGGAGCACGUGUUCCCAGAGCGGGAUCAGCUUAUAUCUACAGUUACGUUACAAUUGGAGAGUUCAUUGCAUUCAUAAUUGGCUGGAAUUUGAUAUUGGAAUAUGCAAUAGGUUCGGCCAGUGUAGUUAAAGGUUUAAGUGCGUAUUUGGAUAAUCUGUGUGGCCACGCUAUGGAGAAUUUCUUGAGUGAAAACCUGCCAAUGAAUAUAGAUGGGCUUAAUGCAUAUCCCGAUAUAUUUGCCUUUGGAGUUACCAUUAUAUUUGCCUGGGCCAUAGCCAUGGGUGCUAAAGAAUCUACGCGCCUCAACACAAUAUUCACUUUACUCAAUUUAAGUGUGGUCGUGUUUGUCAUUGGAGCCGGUCUUUUUAAAGUGUCAACCAGCAAUUGGGCUCUACCCAAAUCAUCAGUACCGGAGGGUUAUGGUGAUGGCGGUUUUGCUCCCUAUGGUUUUGCAGGCAUCAUUAGAGGUGCCGCUAUAUGUUUUUAUGGUUUUAUUGGCUUUGAUUGCAUUGCUACUGCCGGUGAAGAAGCUAAAAACCCUAAGAAAUCCAUACCAUUUGCGGUUAUCACAUCGCUGGCCAUGGUCUUCCUGGCGUACUUUGGUAUCUCCACUGUUCUUACCAUGAUGUUGCCGUACUACGAACAAGAUGAAAGUGCUCCAUUGGUCCAUGUCUUCAGUAUUUAUGGUUGGACGGUGGCCAAGUAUGUGGUCUCGAUAGGAGCUAUCUGCGCCAUGUGUACCAGUCUUAUGGGCUCCAUGUUUCCAUUGCCACGUAUUGUGUAUGCCAUGGCCAAUGACGGUUUACUAUUCAAAUUUAUGGGUGAAAUUAGUUCAAAACACAAAACACCUUUAAAUAGUACAUUGCUCACUGGCUUUCUAACUGGAGCAUUCGCUGCCAUUUUUAAUUUGAAGCAGCUGAUGAACAUGAUGUCUAUAGGAACAUUCUUGGCCUACUCCAUGGUAGCUGCCUGCGUAUUGAUUUUACGCUAUGAAAGUGAUGAGAAAAGAGACAGUCGCCACUUUGCCAAUGGUCGCGCUGUAAUAGACUACAAUGAAAUCAACUGUGGUCUGUUGAAAAUGUUGUUUAAUACAUCAAAGUCGAUAGUGCCCACCAAAAAGACUGCCAGAAUUGUUACAAUAAUGAUAUGUUUAUAUGUAUUCCAGUGCAUUUUAUUAACCCACGUAUUGACUACAUUUGAGGAAAACUUCUCGCUGGUGUCUGUGGUGGAUAUUAUAAAGCUGUCUUUAAAUGUGUUUUCGCUAUUCAUUACACUAUUUAUUAUAUCGCGCCAACCUGUUGCAUCCUCAUCUCUAGCUUUUAAGGUUCCCUUUGUUCCAUGGGUUCCCGGAUUUUCAUUGCUCAUCAACAUUUAUCUUAUGAUCAAAUUGGACAUCAUGACCUGGGUCAGAUUUAGCAUUUGGAUUGCAAUAGGCUUAGUUAUAUUCUUUGCCUACAGCAUACGUAACAGCAGUUUACGACGCCGAGAAUUGAAGAUACUGGCCGACUCGGAAUCUCGUGGAAGAAGUGAAACAAAUUCCAUUUCAUCUCUACAACAUGACGAAAGAUUUAGUACACAAGUCCCUCUGAUGGUCCUGCCAAACUAAUUAAUUGUUUCGUAUCGAAUAUUUAAACUAAGCGUUAAGCAAACUCUUAUAGCCGAAUUCACAAUGAACUUCAAGAAAGUGGCAUUUUGUGCAUUUUUUCCCCUACAAUUUGUUUAAAAUUUAGCCACAUACUUGAAUUUGCUUUUAAAUGCAGUUCUAAGUUGGAGUAAUUUCUUACUCCGUUUCUCACAAAUUUCACGGAUGCUAAAUAUUUGUUUUGUAAACAAAAGAAACACAUAUACUUAAAUGUAUUAAAAAUUAUUACCAAAUGAUAAUAUUUACAUAUAUUGCAGGAACACGAUCUGCACUUUUUAUAUUUUGUAUUGCCUGAAAUAGAUACUUAUACAAGAUUAAGUGUUUUAAUUAAGUUAUUAGUAAAAUCUAUAUAUAUAAAAAUGAAAUGGUCCAUGUAUGUAAUGUCAUCA